CCCGGGGCCGUGCUGAGCGCGGGGCGCGGCCCGGCCCCUGCCCUCCGUCGGCGGCCGAGCGGCGGCGGCGCAACAGGCUAGCGGAGCCCAGCGGCGCCCAGCCCGCCCGCCCGUCCGAGCUCAUGGCCGGCCGCGGCGCCGGCGGCGAGCAGGGCUACAUCCGCACCGUGCUGGGCCAGCAGAUCCUAGGGGAGCUGGACAGCUCCAGCCUGGCGCUGCCCUCCGAGGCCGGGCUCAAGCUUUCGGGCGGCCGAGGCGGGGAGGAGAAGGCGCUGCGGAUCCAGCGGCAGGUCCAGCAGACGCUGGCCAGGAGGAGCCGAGGCUCGCUGCACAACGGCAGUUUACACCGUGCUUCCAGUGUUCCAGAACGUGUUUAUAACAUGGGGAUUACUGAAAAUGAUUUUGCAUCUAGAUCUCAGUAUGGUGUCUCUUACUACCAGUCAGACCAGGUGGCCUCACCAUCCUCUUACACAAAUGGCUGGGGGACAAGAGUUACUUACAAGACAAUGGAAGAGAGAGGUCAAAGACAACCCCUGAAGAGAUUAGAGGUUUCACCCCAGCGGGGUCCUGAAAGAUUGUCAUAUGUGUCCAAUGAUUUUCACUAUGACAGAUGGUUUUCAACUGGAUUCUCUCCAAGGCAUGGAGAUAAUAGGAGACCCAGCGGGACUGUCCCACCAAGAUAUGCUCGGUCUGAGAUUGUUGGUUACACUCUUCGUGAUUCAGUGAACAGGGGACGCUCUUUUAAAAGACACCCCCAGAUGGUGGUUGUUAAUGACACCAUCCCUGAUGGUGUCCCCCCUAGCCCUUCUGCACUUCUGUACCAUCAAGCAGGCAACAGUCGCAGUAUGACCAACCUUUUAGAGAAGGAGAACUACCUCACAUCAGGCAGUGCGAUGGGACAAGUAAGAUCACCAACUGCUUCCCAUUUUGGGUCUCAGAACAGGCAAUCUUUUAGGUCCAGCUGGCACCAAACUACGUUCAGAAACACACAGACCAGGAGGGAUGCUUCCCAGCCAGCUUCAGUAACCGGUGUUGCUGCAGAAACAGAUGGGAAGAGGAUGUCAUUGACAGCUGCUAUGGCAGCAGCAGGGAGAAAUGGUUUCCUGCAGAACGAACAAGUCACCAUCAAUGGAUCUCAGCUAGGGAGCCCAGAAGGGGAGAUGACUCUGGAGCAUGCAGUGAGCAUAUUGAAGAGUGAAAAUACACAGUCAAUACCUAGGAUUCUUGCUGCAGUGACUUUCAUACAGCAUGAGUGUUUCCAGAAAGCAGAAGCCAGAAGAAAAGUUUUCUCACUUGGUGGUAUCCCCAGACUUUUACAGCUUCUUGACAUUCAGAACGAGGACAUUCAGCGGGCAGCAUGCAGUGCUUUGAGAAACUUGGUGUUUGAGGACAACGACAACAAACUGGAAGUGUCAGAGCAGAAAGGGGUCCCAGUCUUGCUCCGUUUACUUCAAUACACCAAGGAUGUGGAAACUAAAAAGCAAAUAACAGGUUUAUUGUGGAAUUUGUCCUCCAAUGACCAGCUGAAGCAUCUGUUGGUUAAAGAAGCCCUUCAGACCUUGACGGAAGCUGUUCUCAUCCCUUGCUCUGGCUGGCCAGAUCGAGAUUACCCAAAGUCAAGUGUUCUGUCUGACCCUGAUAUCUUCUACAAUGCCACAGGAUGCCUGAGAAACAUGAGCUCUGCUGGCCCGGAAGGAAGGCAAAGGAUGAGAGACUGUGACGGCUUGAUUGAUUCUCUUGUGUAUUACAUUCAAGGAGCUAUUGCAGACCACGAGCCUAAUGACAAGGCCACAGAGAAUUGUGUGUGCAUUCUUCACAAUCUUUCCUACCAACUAGAGGUAGAGCUCCCUGAAAACUAUGCCCAGAGCAUCUAUAUGCAAAGAAGAAAUAUCCCUACCCAUGACAGAACACCAGGCUGUUUUGGAACACGGAGCAGAAAAGUGAAAGAGAAGCAGCAGGACACCCCACUACCUGAGGAAAGGAGCAAUCCCAGAGGUGUGGAAUCACUCUGGCAUUCGACACUGAUUAGGAUAUAUCUCUCUUUAAUAGCAAAGAGUACCAGAAACUAUACCCAGGAAGCAUCCCUGGGAGCUCUUCAGAACCUCACAGCUGGCACUGGACCAAUGCCGUUUGCAGUGGCCCAGACUGUUGUUCGGAAAGCAAAUGGCCUUCCAAGUAUUCGAACUAUGCUGCAUGUAAGCCACCCGACAGUAAAGAAGACAGCAGUCUCACUGCUCAGGAACUUGUCUCGCAACACCUCUCUGCAAAAUGAUAUAGCUAGAGAAGUUUUGCCUGAUUUGGUCUCGAUACUUCCUGAGUCUGUCCCAGGGUCUGAUAUUACCUGUGAAACCACAGCUUCCGUCUGCUACACCUUGUACAAUUUGACACAGAACAGUUCUCACAAUGCACGGCUUCUCCUGAAUGCUGAUGGCCUACCGAAGAUCAUUACCAUUAGCAUGAAUGACAGUAACAUGUUCAGCAAAGCUAGUAAGGCUGCUUCGGUCCUCCUCUGCUCCUUGUGGUCACAUACUGAUCUCCACAAUGCUUACAAAAAGGCGGACUUUAAGAAGACGGAUUUCAUCAAUACCCGGACCACAAAAGCCUAUAACUCACUAAAAGACUGAGUCAGAUCAUAACACGACUGAAGAUAAAUGAGACUGUACAUCAAUUAGUGUAACUAUCUUCAUGUGAUUGGUGUUGCCAUCAUGAACCAGGAAGUAUCUCAGAAAAGAGAGGCUGAUUGUAGACUUGAGUGGCCUGUGAUAGUUGACUUGUAUUUUUAAUCCUAAUCACAUUGUCACUGUGUAUAUCAAUGUAUAAAUAACCAAAGAUGGAUUCUUCAGGAUACCUGAGGUGAAGUUUCAUCUAGGUUUAACAUUUUUCAGAGUUUCAGAUUGCCUUUAGUGUAACAGGCAUUUAUACAGAGAGGUUUGAAAUGCUGAUUGGCAGCAAAUUAUAUUCAGAUUGUUUUAUACAAAUAGUUUUCUACUGUGGCUAAGCAUCAAGUGCACUGCUCAGGACAUAGAAAUUUUUCACCCAGUUUUUUCUUCACAUAUGCUAGAAAAUAAGAAUUUCCAGACUGUGAGUAUGCACAAGAAGCUGUUUCACUACCUGCAUUAUAAAAGCACCAAGGCAGUUAAAAUGAGUAUUUUUAUAUUACUUGUAUUCAUGUGCUCACUGGUUCUUAAACCUCUUUCCUUUGAGAUAUUAUCAGCAAAAGAAACAAAAUUGAUUGUACAUAUGUCUCCUUAUUUCUGGCUCUCCUCAUCCUUGCUCACGUGGCUGUCAGAAUUGAUAACAGUGUCCAGAAGAGGUUUUCUCUAGAAGCAAUAUGUCAGACACUUUGGGCUGAACUUAGAUCCAUCAUUCUUUGCUAAUUGUUGCAAGAGUUAGUUGCUGGUGAUUCAAUGAUUAUUUUAAGAAAAUCACAUUUUCAAAUUGAUUCUGUUGAUUAAAUAUAGUAAAGGGA